CUGAUGGCAUGGCCUGCCGCAUGGCUGACUGCAUGGCCUGCUGCAUGACUGAUAGCAUGGCCUGCCGCAUGGCUGAUGGCAUGGCCUGCCGCAUGGCUGAUGGCAUGGCCUGCCGCAUGACUGAUGGCAUGGCCUGCCGCAUGACUGAUGGCAUGGCCUGCCGCAUGACUGAUGGAUGGCCUGCCGCAUGGGUGAUGGCAUGGCCUGCCGCACCAGAAGAGCACAGAGAAGGGAGGGCGGUGAUGACGUGGCAUGGUCAAUGUGGCAUGGCCCUACGUAUGGCAUGCGUCGUGGCCCUACCUAUGGCAUGCAUCAUGGCCCUACCUAUGGCAUGCAUCAUGGCCCUACCUAUGGCAUGCAUCAUGGCCCUACCUAUGGCAUGCAUCAUGGCCCUACCUAUGGCAUGCAUCAUGGCCCUACCUAUGGCAUGCAUCAUGGCCCUACCUAUGGCAUGCAUCAUGGCAUUGCUUUACGCAUGGCAUGGAUUCCUGCAUGUGUAUCCGGGAGGACGGAGUGUGGAGGACUUGGUUUCCUUCACCAAUGAGAAGCUAGGCACCAGCGUCAAACCGCCAGCAGCAGAGCCAUCAGAUGUGGUAACCCUAUCACCUGACAACUUCGACGCAGUGGUCUUGGACCCAUCCAGAUUCGUACUUGUGGAGUUCUACGCGCCCUGGUGCAAGUUCUGCCAAGACCUCGCGCCAGCAUACGAACAGUUAGGCCAGGCGUUCAAAGCGGAGGACAGGGUGGUGAUUGCGAAGCUGGACGCCAGCACGCACAGGGAGCUCAAGGAGACUUACCAUGUGUCUGGUUACCCUACCAUCAAGUGGUUUCCCCCGUCCAACAAGAAUGGGGAGGAAUACAACGGCGCGUGGGAGCUGAGCGAUCUGGUGAAGUUUGUCAACAAGGAAGCGGGCACGCACAGAACUACUACUGGGAAGCUGUCUGACAUGGCAGGGCGCAUAGCCGCGCUGGACGAGGUGGCUCGAGGGUUCAUCGGAGCAAGCCAGGAGGAGAGGGAGGAGCGAUUGGGGAGGGCGGAGAAGGUGCACGUGACAGAAGAAGAAGCCAAGCAAGCAGCCGUGUACGUCAAGACAAUGAGGAGCAUAGUGGAGAAGGGCGAUGAGUACGCGGAGAAUGAAGUCAACCGGCUCGGCAGGCUGCUGCUGGGGGCGCUGCCAAAGGACAAGGCCCUCAGCUUCACCAUCCGCAUGAACAUCCUUUCAGCCUUCUUGGAGCUCGAAGGCCAUGAUGGCAACCGGGGGAAGGGGGAGUUUGAUAUGAAGAUUGAACUGCCCAAGAAGUUCACGUAUGGAAAGAUGUGAAGUGCGUAUCAUAAUUGCUCUGUUGAACAGACCCCAGGGCAAAAAUGCCAGAAAUAGCUUCCAUGCAUUUUCUGCUCUUGCCGAAACAAGGGUUCAAGUUUGGUUGGUCUCUCAAGUUCAGUAACCACAUGUGUUCUGUAACAUACACAGUGGAAAGCUGGAAACUAACUCGGUGCC